AUGAUUUCUCCUGAAGAGUUGGUUUUCGGAAAGUCGACUCUCGACGUUUCCUCUGACGAAGAGACACCCGUUUCCAAACCAAAACCAGCUUGGAUCGAUCCUGAUGAUGCUCAGUUAAUGAUUGCCCCAGAAAAAGCAAGAAUGUUGGAUCAAUUAGACCCAGUUUCAGGUGAAAAAUUUGCUAACGAACUUGCAGAAAGAUACCACAGAACAACAGAACACAUCGACACAUCAUGGGCUGAUAUUUCAAAAGCUACAGGUCGAGUUAUUGAUGCAGAUUCAAUUUAUUCAUCGAGCACAAAAUAUUUACCAUCCGAAAGAAUUGUUAUCACUCGCAGAGCAGAUUUAGUUCCAUUACAAGAUCCAACAGACAAGAAAAAUUCAAAUCGCGGACUUGAACACAUAAAACAAAUUGCUCCUCAUCCAUUCGACCACGAUGUUGCACUUCUCGGCAAGUGGGGAACAAUUUCUCGUGUUACAUAUACAAACGAAUCAAGUUCAGCUUUAUUCAGAAUUCCAGUAGCGGAUAACAUCUACAGAACAUGCAUUACAUACUCAAAAGACGGCUCUAAGUUGUUCGUUGGCUGUACACAAGGCAGAUUCCAAGUCCUUGACGCUGUUCCUAUCAAAGGAAAACAUUCUAUCAAUGUUUAUCAGACAGGAUCAAGAAAUGACAUCGUCGCUGUAUCAGCCUCCGAAACAAUGGUCGCUUUUAUUACUCGUGAUUCUGUUUAUUUCUACAACGAAAGUAAUUUAUCACCUCUCAAAGCAAUUGAAACUUCAGAAAAGAAUUUAAUAUGCGGAUCAUUUACAGAUGAUGGAAAAUUCUUUGUUGUUGCUGGUUCUGAAGGUCGUGGACACGUAAUUGACUGUGAAAAAUCAAAUAUUAAGAGUGUUGCUGUUUUCCAAGUAGAAGAUAUGCAAACUAUCACAGCUCUUGAUGUACGUGGCGAUUACGUUGCUAUGGGUAAUGAUAAAGGCUUCCUUUACGUAUUUGAAUUUGAUAGUCUCAGAAUUUCACCAAUUCCUGGAAAACUGAUUCGUCCAAAGGAAAUUAUACAGAAAGCAAACAUUGUUACUGCUAUCAAUGAAGUUAGAUUUAAUCCAACUGCUGAAAUAUUAUUAUUUGCUUCUUCUUCCAAGGAAGGAGCCCUUAGAUUGCUUCACAUUUCAUCAAAGACAGUGUUUGGAAACUGGCCAACCCAGAAAACUCCUUUGAAACACGUCGCAUCGACCUCAUUUUCUGCGGAUAGCGAAUAUCUCGCUCUCGCUAACGGAGGUAAGGUAACCAUGUGGGAACUUGGCCAUUAUUCUUCUUUGAAGAAGGAAGAAGAAAAAGAGCAAUAG